AUGGUUAAUUUGAUUUCAGAGAAUAUGGAUGGUUUAAUCCAACUAAGUUUGGAAAGCAACAGAUUUAAUGAGACUAUUCCAGAGAGCUUGAGUGGGUUAUCAAAACUGAGACUUUUGGAUGUCGCAGCAAAUUCAUUCAUUGGUACUUUAACUGAACACCAUUUUGCUAAUUUAACAAACUUGCUUUACAUGGGUCUCUCUUGUAAUUCGUUGCAGCUGAAUGUGACCAAGGAUUGGGUGCCGUCCUUUCAUGCUGAUACUAUCCUGAUGUACUCUUGCACAAUAAGCCCUGAUUUUCCUGCUUGGCUCAAAACUCAAACAGUUCUUGCAAGUCUUUAUCUAUCUAGUGCAAGAAUUUUUGGUAAUGUCCCGACAUGGUUUUGGAAUUUACUAUCCAAUUCUUUGGCCCUUCUCAAUUUAUCACAUAAUAAUUUAACUGGAAUUCUACCUAUUUUCUGGAAUUCUGUCUUGGAGGUUAUUGAUCUGAGUCAUAAUAAAUUUGAAGGUUUGAUACCUGAGUGGAUUUCCCCGGGUUUGAACAUCAUUGAUCUUAGAAACAACUCCUUAUUUGGUCAUAUUCCAUUAUCCUUUGCUACAGCAAACCAAAUUCAAGCUCUCUCUUUAUCACAUGAACAUAUUAAUGGCAGCAUUCAAUUUUUUUUUUUUUGUAACCUCUCUACUUUGAUAGUGCUUGAUCUAUCUAGCAAUAACAUGUCUGGAGAACUUCCCCAUUGCUGGAAUCAGUUAUCAUGGUUAGCGAUUAUUGAUUUAUCUAACAACAAUUUCUUUGGCAACAUUCCAAAUGCCAUUGUGUCUCUUACUAAUCUUCAAUCUUUGCAUUUGCGAAAGAAUGACCUAUCCGGGAAUCUCCCUUUUUCGUUGAAAAAUGCAAACAAAUUGGUGGUUCUUCAUGUUAAUACAAGGACCCGCCACCCUAACUUCUCCAUAAUUGCAGUUGUGGGGAAGGAUUGA